UGCUAUUGCUAACUGGUAAUUUUGAAGUCUCGUAAAUAACUUCAAGCUUUGUAUAAAAGAUUUAGUUUUGUGACGCGGCAUGCCUGAAAUGACGUGAACCGAACCAGAAGAUGUAGUUUGUCAAACGAGCGUUGUGUCAGACGUGUGUCUUUGCUAAUGUUAGCUAGUGUCCAGAGAAGGUGCGAUUUGAAAACACGUAAAUUUACUCCAGUCAUGGCUACGAUUCUCCGAAGAACACCAGGACUGAUAAUGGUUCUUCAGCAUCACUGCUCCUCUAAAUCUACAGUUAAACUUUCACCUGUAGUCCUCCGUAGUCCAUUUGUGUCCUGCACUUUAGGGUGGUCAACAGCCUGCUCUCGACAACUGCACGCAGGAACAGAGGGUCUAAAACCGUCUCCCGCUGCAGCCCCACAAAGACUGCCUUUCUCCAGAGUAACUCAAGAGGAUUUGGCCUUCUUUGAGAAGAUCCUCCCAGGCAGAACCAUCACUGACCCAGACCUGUUAGAGCCCAGUAAUGUGGAUUGGCUCAAGUCAGUGAGAGGUUACAGUGAAGUCUUGUUGAGACCUCAGACAACAGAGGAGGUAUCUCAGAUUCUUAGCUACUGUAACAGUCGUAACCUGGCAGUAAACCCUCAAGGUGGUAAUACAGGGCUGGUCGGUGGCAGUGUGCCGGUUUUUGAUGAGAUCAUCCUCUCCACUGGUCUCAUGAACAACAUCCUGUCCUUUGACAGUAUCUCUGGAAUUUUGACUUGUCAGGCUGGGUGUAUCUUGGAGAAUUUGUCUUUGUACGUGGAGGAGAGAGAUUACAUUAUGCCGCUAGAUCUGGCAGCAAAAGGCAGCUGCCACAUCGGUGGCAACGUAGCAACAAACGCAGGUGGACUCCGGCUGUUGCGAUACGGCUCCUUACGAGGAACUGUGCUGGGUCUCGAAGUGGUGUUGGCAGACGGGCGAGUUCUGGAUUGUUUGGUUCAGCUGCGUAAAGAUAACACGGGAUAUGACCUCAAACAGCUCUUCAUAGGGUCAGAAGGAACACUGGGGGUCAUUACCGCCGUGUCCAUCCUGUGUCCACGCAAACCCAAAUCUGUCAAUGUGGUUUUCCUUGGCUGUGAGACCUUUCAACAGCUGCUUCAGACAUUUCAGCUGUGUAGAGGCAUGCUGGGAGAAAUUCUAUCAGCCUUUGAAUUUCUGGAUAGCGAUUGCAUGAGGCUGGUCAAUACACAUCUCAAAUUAUCCAAUCCUAUCUCUGAUUGUCCAUUGUACAUCGUCAUAGAAACGGCUGGAUCUAACUCUGCUCACGAUGAGGAGAAGCUUCACAAUUUCCUUGAGGAGGCGAUGACAUCAUCACUAGUUACUGAUGGAACUGUGGCAACUGAGGAGGCGAAAAUCAAGGCACUGUGGUCACUCCGUGAACAUAUCCCAGAAGCACUUACUCACGACGGUUUCACCUACAAGUAUGACAUCUCUCUUCCAGUGGAGCAAAUCUAUCAGAUGGUGACAGACAUGAGGAAGCACCUCGGGGGCCGGGCCAAGAGUAUCGUGGGAUACGGACAUGUAGGUGAUGGUAACCUCCACUUGAACAUCACCUCCCCUGCCAAAGACCCCACCCUCCUAGCUGCCAUCGAACCCUUUGUGUUCGAGUGGACAACCGCUUGCCGGGGCAGCAUCAGUGCAGAACACGGACUGGGCCUGAAGAAGAGGAACUACAUCUACUACAGUAAACCCAAGCAGGCUGUGGCCCUCAUGGGCAACAUCAAGGCCAUGCUGGACCCAAAGGGCAUUCUGAACCCCUACAAGACUCUGCCAGAUGACCUGAAAUGACCCCAGCAUUCUCCCUGAUCAGACAUGUUCAACAAACAGAACUUGUACCAUUACAAUUGGGUUGGCUACAACCAGCAAGAAUGUGACAAACCUCCAGUUGAGGUGAAUUUUAGACUGUCCCAUCUGUUUCCACAUCUGCAGGAGAAACGUGUCAAUUGCAGCAUUAACCGGGAGCUUCUGUUUUUGGAUUAUUGAUAAAAACAACUAAGCACUCACCAUAGUCACCUACAUCUUCUAGUAAGUAGCAGUUUUACUUGUAGUAUUGUAAAUUCAUAAAGCUGGAGUCGGUAUUUGUCUUCAGACAAAGUGGGAGAUUUUGGGGAAAUGUUUGUGCACAGUCUGUCAAAACCUUAUACGGUGGCUUAAAGCUGACAGCUACAGAUUGCUUAGAUCAGCCUUAUCCAUUAACUUUGCUAAUGAAUAAAUCUCAAGACUUCAUGAAAAAUGAAUGGUGUUGCAGUAGUUGUCAAUUUGAGUCGGUUUUUAACAAAGUAACUAGAACUGUCACACUGCCAUGAGAAAUUUCUCAUUAAAUCAUAAAACAGACUUGGGUAACAGUGCAGUAAAUAUUUAAUUACAUAUAAAAAAAGACAAAGCAACAUUUUUUUUCCUAAACAAACCCAGCACUUGUGAACAAAUGCAUCUGUAAUUGCACAUCUCAGCAAUUUUAUCCACUUCAAAAUCUUGAAUAAAACAAGGCUUACAAAUAAAGAUGUAGUGGUUUUUCUCCAUUAAAUCAGGCAACUUGCAGUGUGAAGAUGAUGGGACACCUGCCUUACUCCAAAAUCAGGAUUCACUUCCAGUUCCUUAUAAUCUCCCAGAGAUGUGUCAGGGUCAGUGAACACAAACGUGUGUAUUUCAGGUAAAUCUGCAGUAUAUUCUCACUUCACACAUACUGUACAUCAUUCAGAAUAUUAUCCUUUUUUUUUUUUGUUUUGUUUUUUUAAUUCCUCCUUUCCCACUUUGCAUUUCCUAAAAGCUCCACUAAUGACAACAUGGAUACAUAAAGUGGAUGUAAACACUUAUACAUGUACAGUCAGUUUUACUUGUCCUCAGUGUGUAAGAGUGGAAGUUUCAUACAGCUUUUAAUAAAAAUUUAAAAACUUUUUGAUUCUAUUGGCUUUUUUCCUUUGUAAGUAGACAGUUGUUUUCAGAUUUGUUGACGUAGUAAAAUUAAAGGGGAGUGGGGUGGGGGGUGAAAUAUCACUGAUUGUCUCUGAGCAGAAAGCCACAACCACCAGCUGAGGAAUAAAAAAACUAAAC